GGCCGGCUCGCGGGCAGGGCCCGGGCCGCCGCCCGCCGCGCCGCGGGGCUGCCGCCACGGCCAUGGAGGGAGGCAAAAAGCGCCAGGAUAAAGACACGUCAAAAGGAAAAAAACCACCUCAGGAUGCUUCAGGCACAGCUCCAACAGAAGGAAAGGCAAAGCCAAAAAGCUGUAACACAUACAGACUGGAGCCACGUACUAAAGUUCGGGAUGCUUUAGUCAGAGACAAAGCUGAAGCAAUACUAACGAAGAAACUACAAGAAGCCACAUAUGAUGGAGCUUCUAGUCCCUUCUUGUGUGCUUCAAUAUCAGAAGAAAUAUUAAAUGCUGUGAAGGAAUUGGACUAUGACCGUUAUAAGUAUGUGGUGACAGUGCUAAUUGUGGAAAAGGCGAAUCAGGCAAUGAUUGUUGCCAGCAGAUGCCUCUGGGAUGCUGAGAGAGAUACUUGGGUUUCAGCUAAAUGUGAAACUGAUACAUUUAUUGCACUGGCUUUGGUAAUGGCUUGUUAUUACGACUAAAACUGAAAGUCACAGCUGCAUUUGUGCAUCACAAGACAUGGUAUAUUAGAAAAAUUUAAAAACAUCAUAAUUAUGUUAUUCCUUUUUGUCCUAUUGCUGUUGGCACAUUCAAACUGACAUAUAGUUGAGAUAAUUUUGCUUGAUUUUGCUCUGUUUAAAAAAAAAACCAAACAAAACUGCUUUGGAAAUGUUUAUGGUUGAGUACAUAUGGGCUUCAUCUGUUGUAAUGCUCUGCUGUGGAAGUGGGAGCAGCUGGUGUAAGGCCAAACAUUGCAAAAUUUUGAAUGUUGCUUGUCUGUUGAGUGCCUAGGACUGUUCACCAAUGCUUAUAUGCGGUUGCACGUAUCAGUUUUCUUAAAAGCAUGCUUUUUGUAAGAAAAAGCAGUGUUCAUUUUUCAUUUUCAUAGCUGGUAUCUGAUAAAAUGCUAGUCUGCCUAGAAACGUGGCUGGAGGGAAGCGGUGUUUUGCAGUCCUAGAAACUUGUGCAAAUUUCUAGCCGUUUGCCUUGAAUGAAGUUAAGAUCAGUUAUUAGGUUCCCUGGGUCUUAACCUUUGGUUAAGUAUUGCCUAGGGUCUGGUUGGUGGACAAGUACUGAAUUGAGCGAGUUGGGUCACUUUGGUCUAGGGGUUUCUGGUGACAGUUGUAGGAGGAUGAUGGGAUCAAUCACAAGGCUAUUGAGAAUUGGUCCAUAUCUAGCAAGGGCAGCACCGAUUGUAUUUUUUAAAUGAGACUCGCAGAUCUGUGAAGUGUGUAGACAUCACCUUUUGAAUAAGCCGUGCAUGGAGAUCCAG